GCACCUUUAAAAACAGAAGUUUACAAAGUGCUUAGACAACAGUUGUAAGCACAGAGCAUCAGCACAUUGAAAAUAAAAACACAUAAAAACAAAAGCUCAGUUAAAAAACAGGCAUCUGAAUUGUAGGCCUGUUUCACUUUUCGUAAGAAACCCAGGCAAUACAAGAACCCUACAAAAUAAAUGGGACCAUGAGGACCAAAAUAAAAGCAAAAAAAAAGAAAUAGAAAAGGAGGGAAGAAAACAGGCUAGUAAGUAUAAAAGAGGAUAUUAAUAAUAAUAAUAAUAAAUCAUAAUAAAAUAAAAUGAUUGGGUUUACAUUAGGCGUACAUACCACACUUAAAGGGUCUGUGUUGAACAAGAACAGGCAUGUUUAUUGACCUGCGCAUGUCUAAUGUGGAAACACUGGGCUCUACCUGAAGUGACCAGAAGAAACAGCAGGUAAGAUUUCUGCAUUUCAAUUAUUUACGUUAGUGAAAUGUUUUUUUAAUUGUGCAGUGAUCAUUCAGAGUGGUGUGUCAGUUGUUUUAUUAGUGAUUUAUAACCAUUACUUUUGUUGUAGCGUUGGUCAAGAUGGAGCUAUACUAUUAAGUCCUUUGUAUGGUAUUGAUGAAACCUCUAUCACUGUAUCGAACAUUGGCAUUAGCUGUCAAAUAGCAAUACUACUCACUAAGGGUGGGAGAAAAAAAAAAGAUUAAUAUAAGUAUACACAGUUUUUUGUUUUACAAUUUUUAUGUGAUGUGUAUUAUUUAUUUAUUUAUUAUUAUUUUAUUUAUUUAUUUAUUUAUUUAUGGUGUGUGUGUGUGUGUGUGUGGGAGUUGGUAGACAGUCGUAAUCAUUCAACUGUUUCACUUGUGUUAGAAAUGCAGACUAAAAAUCGGCAAUAUCGUAGAAUCGCAAUUAAAAUCGAAUAGGCAUCCAAUCGGGAGAAAAGCAUAUGGUCCCAGCCCUACUACUCAUAAUGAAGUACAACAAUGCCGUCUUCAGAAAUUGCAUUAAAGUGCAGUAAAUGCACUCAGCUGUAUCUGUGCAGUGUUAUUGCUCCACAGGUUGACAACAUUCAUCCCUCUCUCUCUCUCUCUCUCUCUCUCUCUCUCUCUCUCUCUCUCUCUCUCUCCGCCCUCUUCGGCGUUUUCCCACAUUAAUAUGCAGUGAAUAUAUGUUAUCAAACAGCAUAAACUACAUCUCUGCUUCUUUUAGCUUCACAGUUAAUCCCUCUGCACCCUCCGGCGAGAGGAGUCUUAACUCCACUAACGCCAUCCUCCGGUGGAAGUCUACUAUUUUCUCCUGUCAUUUGCAGGAUUGACAGCGGUUGCAUGCUUCAACCCCAGUCAGAUUUUGUGCAUCUGCUCGGGCUGGUGGUAGGAGGACGUCGGCUCUGACUGCAGCAGCAGCACAUUGCGAUGCAGAGAGAGGGGAGAAAUGAGGAUUCUGCGAUGCCUGUGUGAGCUGCACGGCUGAGGAGCAGCAGGAGAAGCAGCAGCAGAGUGGCAGGGAGGUGCUGCUGCUGCUGGAGUUUAUGCGCACACCUCUGGCGGCUGCCGAAGAGGGCCGAGGUGUCUCUGCAGCGCCGCAGCUUUUCACAGGGAUACCGUCUCAGUACGUGACUUCGAGCCCAUAGCUGCCCUGGCUCGGGAUCUAAGAGGGAGGAGGAGGGGAGGGGGAUAGCGCGGCACCCCGCCCGUCUCUCCUCAUUUGGACUGCAGGGAUAACGACCUAAACCGUGAUAUCCCCGUGCAGAAACCACUGAGCAGGUGCUGGUGGCCGCGCUGUCAUCAUCCGAGCACUGCAUCUUCCAUCCCGCACCUCUGCGCCAAAGGUAAGCUCUGACACACACACUCACACACACACAGAAAUGGAGGGACAGUGUAGGUGUUCAUGGCUUCAAGCAGUGCUGGUCAUAACGAUGAUGAUGAUGGUGAUGAUGAUGAUGGUGAAGCAGCAGAAUCUGUCAUUUAACCACCGCAUAGUCGCCUUCUGCGUAUCGUGUUCUGCUGUUGUUGUGGUUCUGCUCUGAAGGGGAUAAUGGAUCGAUUCUGGUUUCAUGCAUGCGGCGUCUUGUGCAGGAGAUGCAUAAAAAGAAAAUGACGUAGGGAAUUCCCACAGUAAUCCAAUAGCGAGAGAUGACACCUGCACAAUCCGCCAGUGCGGUCCCUUGACUCUUAUGGCCUGCUUCGGUCAUGUGCGCAAAAGCGGCAGCGCGCAAAAGCGGGCCUCGCUACAGCGCACGAAUUCUGUUUCGAAACGAUUAAAGUUGGAGAGCGAGUGUUAUGUAACGUGAUUUUGCUGACGUGAUUCAACCAUGAGCGGGGGUUACCUUCACGUUUUUAUCGCUCCAAGACGUUAAGAUGGCCUCAGUGCAGAGGGUGGCUGUGUUUACAUGAGCAUGAGCGUUUCAACACUUAGCGCAGACUUCACAGCCCUCUGGCAUCCAGUCUAGAAAUACUACAGUUUUAGCUUUACACUGCAAUUAUAAACAGUCUAUAUAGUCUACUUUAAGAUCUACGGAAUGACUCCAUUACUGUUUCUCUUCACUUGUGGUGCAGCUUUUCAAAACAUAUAUAUAAUAAGUAAGUUUGUGACAAGCCAAAGUCCAAAAAAGUACACUGUUUUUCAAUCCAUGGCAGUAGGGAUGUAACGAUAUGAAAAUUUCACAUCACGAUUAUUGUGACCAAAAUUUUCACGGUUAUCAAUAUUAUCAUGGUAUUGUUUAAGUAUGUUCAAAAUGUUUUAUUUUGAAAAGAACAAUCAAAAUAACAUGCAGAAUGAACUUUUCCUUAACCUUAAAUAACAGAGGAACAAAAAGCUUAAAAAAAUUAAGAUGGGGCUUUAAAAGAGCCAAAAGUAAGCAACACUAGUAGUAGUAAUAACAAAGUACAAAGUAAUGUGCCAGUGGCGUAAACAAAUAAAUAAAAUUUAAAUAAAAUGACAUUCCUUAUUGUGCAAAAUGUAAGAAUCUUCAGUGCUCAAAAAGAUCUACUCUUACAAAUAUAAAACAGAGUAACAGUACUUUAUAAAACAAUACAACCACAUGUAAAGAAAGGUGUAGGACAUCAGGUUGGAAGUGUUUCCAUCCUUCGCAGAGAUUUUUUUUUUUGGGCAUUUUCGGCAAACUGGUUGGCCGUUGUCAAUCAGUGUCCCUUCUGCGUCUUUGUAGAAGCCGAAAUACGCCCUGACUUUGGACUUUGUUUUCUUUGACGGCGGAAAAAUCUCUGCAACACGGUCAGCAGAACUGCCCUCCGCCAUGUUUACAAGUUGUAUACUGCGCAUUAUCACUAGCAGUAUCACUGUGAGCUUUUCAAGAGUGCAGCAAUCAAACACGGUUUUAACAGUGAUUAAAAGUUGAAAUGGUAGUACUAACCGUCAGACAUUUUACCGCGGUUUAUCAUUUUACCGGUAAUCAUUACGUCCCUACAUGCCAGCAAUUUGUAAGAAAUAAGCUGGGACAGGGGCAUUUUUCAGCCGUGUUGUAUCACCUUGCUCUUUAGCAACACUCUAUCAGCAAUAAGGAACUGAGGACAUUUACAUUUCAUGGCACGCCAUCCAUGAUGUCAAACAGGAUUUCAGAGUAUGAUUUGUUCGGUUUUCCUUUUGGCUUCGGUCCAUCUUACAGGACCAUAUUGGCUUGGCACUGAAGUUUCACAGACAUACCUAAUUUUUGUCUAUACAGCUUCCUCUUUGCAUGUUGCUGUUGCAUGCUGUAUUUGUGAACGCAGUCAUGACCAGUGUUUGAGGACAAUGGUUUUUGGAAGUUAUUCAAGUUCAUGUGGUCAGACGGGCAGUCAUGUCUGUUUUCUAAUGCAGUAGCCUUCCUAAGGGUCCUUCAGAUUACAAUCAUCUGCUUACAGGUUUUUAGGCCUUGUCCUUUUUUUUGUGCAGUGAUUUAAUCAGAUUCCCUCAAUGUUUUAAUGAUAUUUCGUACCAAUAAAAUCUCAGCCAUGUUUCUAACCUCUUCCAAUCAGCCUGUUUAGAUAGAGGAUGUUUUUAUUGAUAUCUUACACAGUGACCCUCUUGCUGAAUUGGAGUUGUGACUAAAAAAUAUAAAAAAGUAGAAGGUGACAAGAUCAGGACAACACAACUGUUCUUCUGUGUGGCACCUCUCAGUGUCCUGAAGGAGGUUUGACACACCUGCUGGUCCCAUCUGGGGUAUUGUUUGUUUGAAGAGACUGUAUUGUUACAAGAGGACGGAGCAGAAGAGGGUCAAGAGAUAUUCUUUGUGCCAAACACCAAGUAACGAAAUUAUGUCAUAUUAUCCUGAUUACAUGACUUUCUUCCUAAUCGGCUGGCCAGACUAAAUGCUUGAUUCUGAUUGGUGAAAUGUUCUGUCUUUAUCAAUUAGUGCUUACAUAUGUCACAAUACCAAAGAAAAGCAAAGCAAGUCCUAAAUGUGUCUGAUAUUUAUAUAAAAAUUCUCUAAAAAGCAGAAAAAACCACAACACGGCCGUGAGGUGAAGUUCAGCGGCCUGAGAUAAAAUGAGCUGACGUCUAACAGACUCACCUGUCACUCAAACUCGACUCGCCCUUAAAUAUGCAGAACUGACGGACUUUGUGUCACAAAAACAGGUUGGUCAUAUUAAAAUACUCCCUCACAGAGAUGUUAUGAAUCGGGGGGGAAGUGGCGAAGGAGAGCAGAUCUAUUUUUGCACUCGGCUGUAAAUGUUUAAUCGCCCUGUGGUCGGGUGUUUUAAUUCGAGGCCUGGUGGGGAUUGACUUGUUUUUGGAUUCAGCCUCAAGUGGCUGUUUUAAGAAGUGAGUUUCUGACUUUGUUUGGCUUAUUUUUUUUAAACUGUGGAUGUUUUUCUCUUGUUCCAAAUUAAGACAGUGUAAAGAAAUCCCAUCAGUCAGUCAGUACAGUAAAACAGGAUCCACCAUCAAGAGGUUUAUCUGACAGACAGCUGAUGCAGGAGUAUAUUCCAAUAUUUAUAUGAAUUCAGGAGAUGAAACUGUCUUUUGAGGUGUUACUGAGUGUUGAAGCCAAUACAGACUCGUCCACCCACACAGGUUUUUUUUUUAUUAUGUUACCUGAUAAGACCUUUUUCUCCAGGAUGUGUGGGUGUAUGAGUGAUAUCUCCUUGACUCCUUUGCUUACAUUACACCUGCCAGAGCAAGAAAACUUAUAUCUUAUACUGAGUCAGAUCUGUAUAUAAAGACACAAAUACGUUUUUUUUAAACUUGGAUAGUGAGGGUAGAACAAAAAAAGGUAACUGGACGGUCUCAGAUAGUUUUCAUGGACAGCUGCCGGGUACUUUUUCGUAAGAUGGUUUGAAUCCCAUUUUAUAUGAUCAGAAUAACUAAUUAAAACUAAACCAGUCUUUGGGAAAACCUCUGAAUAACCCAAAAAAAGGUCAUGUCAUCCUUUUACGAUACAGUCUAGGUGGUUUGAACCCACAAACCAGGGUCAAAAGAGGUCUUAGUGCAAGAUAAGCAGGCCAACUUUAAGCCCCCAAAACCCAAAGUCUUUCAGAUCGAUCGCAGGAAGGUGAAGAGUGGUGUAUCAACAGUUUUGUGCAUUCUGGAGAAAGAAGAAAAGCAGCAGUGAAGUGUUUCAGAACGGCAAAGGAUCUGAAGGUUCAUAACAGACAAAAGAUCCUUUUCUGUGGAACAGGCGAGCGUAUGGUGAAGAAGAGUUUCCAGGGGAUAGAUAGAUCAUUAUCCAAACUACUACAGAGGACAGAUUUCAACAAAGUGACUACAGAGGGUUCACUAUGAGGAACUGACCAAUAAUAAACCGGAUUAAAGUUUCUCGAAAAGCUUCUCCAGGUCUUGAAUAUUCAAACCUGUAGAGUGGGAGCGAUUGGAAGAGAGUGAAGAGUGUGAGGGGAUGACUCAUGAUCUGAGGCGGACCAGGUUAUCUCUGAAACACAGCGGAGGCAGCGCGAUGGCAUCAACACUGAUGCCUUCAACUAUAGGUGUUAAAGAUGAUGUGACACAGAGAAGCAGGAGGAUAAGACUGAAACUAAUUUUACAGAUUUACUUCCUGAUGAAAUUAAACAAAGCUUUAGAAAACAGAUGGACAUGGACCCAAAAUAAUCUGUUGAAGAGCGGCAAGAGUUUGUGGCCGAGUCAAUCACUGAAUUAACCUGCUCCAACAUUCAAUAAACUGUACCUGGAGAGGACAAAACUUUAGGCAAACGGGAAAUCAAGAAACUGAGGCGCUUGAUGAGAGACAAGAGAAAGACAAAAGACAAAAACAUCUCAAAUUACAGUGUCUUGAGGAAAUGUUUACCCUAAAGCGUGAACGUAAACUGGUUUUGAAAAUGGUGAAAUCAGUGUAUGAAGUGAACCGUCCUCAGGACUCGUAUCAUAUCUUAAGUUGGUGCAUCUUGUGUCCUUGUGUACAGCCUGUUUUUAUCAUAUCAACAGUGAGUCCUUAUUGAGUGAGGUGGCUUGGCAAGCUUUGUCCAUGUAGAUUCUCAUUCAUCCAGGUCAUGGUUUUCUUGAAGACUCCAAAAUCAGGCAACUGGACUGUGUAGAGUUGAGAAGACGUUUCGCCUCUUAUCCAAGAAGCUUCUUCAGUUAAGAGAGCUUUAGAACUGAAGAAGCUUCUGGAUAAGAGGCGAAACGUCUUCUCAACUCUACACAGUCCAGUUGGCAAGCUUUGAGUGAUUUUACAGCCUGUGAGAGGUUACCUGUGAAUUAGAUGAGCCAGCGAGUCAAGAGGUAGAAUUGGACAUCGUGGUCGUCCAAUAGAGGCUUUGUAACCUCGCAGCGAUGUCACUGUCUGUAUGGAUUAUUUUUCCAUCUUUGACUUCACUGUUCAGUUUCCACCUUUAGUGACCUAAACACUCUCUCUGAUGGUACAGUAUAAUUCAGUAGGUCUAAAAACUCCAUCGGGGUAGUGUUGAAAUUUGGAUGUCCCCACCUGAAUCCAGCUUAUUGUAUUUGGACAUAUACAAUUUGCUCUUUCUGCACUACUUGACUUUGCAGUAUCUGACCCCUCAAUCAUUUCCUUGAAUCAAUCUUGUUUUUGCUGUAAAUGUGGGUGUAAAAAAUGAGGAAGAACAGUCAGCUCUCUAAGUUCCUGCUGCAGAUCUGUCUUUAUAUUUUCGCACAUGUCUGUGAACGUUUUUUUAAGUCUUUCACAAAUUUCAUACACGGCCCACACUCCCUUUUAUAGAGAGGUGAGUGUUCUUAACUUUGGAGAGGGUGAUAUCAAUCAGGUUCCUGCCCGUAGAUGCUAUUUCGGGCUCACCGGGGCCUGUCAUGAGGGAUGCCUCCUGACGAGUGACUCAUUCCAGACAUGUACACCCAGGGCGAUGUGUUUAGAGAAAUACCCUGAGCGGGACGGGGCUGCUCUGUUUUUGUUUUUUUUUUUUCUGGGAAGUGGGAACACUCUGGCACCGGCGCUGUAGCCUGCGUUGUCUCAGAAUGACUCACAGAGCUGCGUCGUCCAGUGAGGAGGCCUCACUGCAGUCUGGUGGACCGCAGUCUUGGGUUCAUGGUCAGUUUGCGAGGAGAGUUUAUUUACAUCUUCUGAGUCAGAAAUACAGUUUGCAGAAUUUGUGUGAGUGUGUGGUUUUUUGUCGAGCUUUGGCGCGUUUGUUUUUGGAGCGUAAUCCUUCUUCGUGCUUUUUGUUCUUAACUGCAUUUGUCAGUGAGGCACAAUAAGACCUCAGUGCCAGCUCCCCAAGGUGCCCGUUCUGUCAGGCUGUAAAGAGCAGCAGUCACCUCCACAGGGGCACAGAGGGGUCCCACUGCUGACAUUUACACACACACCCAAACACACACACACACUUCACACUGUGAGAGAGGGAGAUUGAAGAGGAGGAGGAGGAGGAAUCCCUUUGGUGACAUCACAGCUCACAGCAGAAACUCUGAUGAAAAAACUCACUUUGUUGUCAUCGAUCAGACUCUUAUUUUCUGUUAUUUUGAUCAGAAGAUGUUGGUAAAAUCGCCUCUUAAGAGCUCUGAGCAUGCUGGCAAGUAAAGAAGAUAAUGAGGCGUCCCGCUGGUCUCACACUGGUCUCACACUGAUAGGAACAUUAAAAUGUUAUCACUCUGCCCACCUGGUUGAGGUGAUUUUCUUCCUCAAUUUUAGCCUCGCAUUUGCACAUUUGCUCACCCCGACUUCUUGUUGACAGUCGGGGGGUGUAAGAAAAACGAUUCAGCUGUCAGAUCAGACAAUCACAGGACGUUUUCAGGACAUUUUACUGAUGAUUUUAGACCUGUUAUUCUGAAUAUGUCCAUAUUUAAUCAAAAACACAACAUUUAUAAUUUCAUUUCAUUUCAUUCUGAUUCCUAUUCCGGCCAUCUGCUAUCUGCUUUCGUUACUAAAGUUGGUAUAACUAGAGAAGCAAGCGGUCGGCAACAUUCAUCUCUCAUUGGGGUGCCGAACUCAGUAUAUUAUCGUGUGUUUGACCCUAAAUUAAUUUUGCGCUGGAAUAUCCCUUUAAACUGGAGUGGUUAAACCAGGACACUGAGUUUAACUGGUCUGGUUUUAAGUCUACAUAUGCAUACAUGAAGAGUCGCAGUUCUUUACCCCGUCUAUCACCACUUUGAUUAGUAUAAUGCACCGAAGCGUUCAAACAUACAUGUCUGUGUGUGUGUGUGUGUGUGUGCAGCAUGGAGUAUAGCAGGCGUCUGUGAUUGUGAAGAGUCAGCACAUCUUUUUUUUCUUGGCAUGAAGAGGUGUUCAGACUUAUUGCUACCUGGUGCCUGUCAGUCACGCCUGUCACACGGGACGCUUCCCAAGACAGAUUUUUCCGUCCUUUGCAUUUAUAAAACACACACCUGUCACAAAGAACGGCGUCGCCGUACCUUGAAACCCACCAUGAUGUAUUCCUGUGGCAGAAAAGCCCUCUGAAGAAAACUCGUGUCUUGACAAGAAAACAACGAUUCAGCUCAUUCUGCCAUGCUCCAUCAGAUCCUGCGCUGCAGAUGUGGCUCUUCUUAGUAUUCACUGCACCGCGAUGAAGAGUACAAAGUAUGUGGUUCUUAAAACCCGUUCUCAAUUACUGAUUAAUCGGCUGAUUUUAAAUUAUUUUUAUGAAGUUCUAAAAAUAUAUAGAUAUCUACAAUACUGUAGGCUGCUACACGCCGACAGAAAGACCAACUGAUCAAACCGGGACCAGAAAAGUGUUUCCAACUAUCUAACUUUCCGGGCCCUAGUUUUAAGAUGGUUCUCCCAGAAUUCAAGUGGCUGUUUUGCUGCACACUCAAGCUAGGAUAAACAGGCCAGGCUGGUAGCGCCACCUGUCGACAACUUCUCUCUUCGUCUGGUCAUUUUCAGACAUUUGAGGAAAAUUCUGAUACAAUAAAAUAUUUAAAAAUAUAAGUACUUUGUUUACAAAACGAGUAAAUAUGGUGCCAACUAGGAAUGGGUUUCAGUGUUUAAUCAUUUAGUUGGCUGAACAUGCACAUCCUGUAGCUUGUAAACGUACGCUUGACAUUGAUGCUGCUGACUAAUGCCGGCCUUCAGUGGCAUGAAGUGGCUGAUCUGUGCGUGUUGUGUGAGUUACAGCCAGCACAGGAUGGUCUGAAAAGGCUUUUGUAAAAGAGGUGGACAGGGUGAAAAUAUGUUCAAGUAAGAAAUGUGUGGUUCACCUUUCUAAGCUCAGGUCAGACGGCUAACAAAGUGACAAAAGUCAGGAACAAUCAAUCAUAAAUAUGCACAUGAAAAAAUGCAUUUGUUUGUUUUAAUCUUCUCUGUAUUUUAAAGAUAAAAAGUAUACCUAGAAUCAGUCAGUAAUCUCACAUCAGGUUAAAGCUGUUCAGGCCAGUCAAGUCGGGAUUACAAAAGGAAGUGCAGUCUUUUCAGGAGGAAGAGGACUGGGUUGAGUCCAGAUUGUUCCCUGCCCCUCUCCUGAGGUCAGGUUUUGGUCUGUGCUGCUGCUGCGUGGAGCCGAUCGUAGGCCUGGACGAUAUAGAAAAAAAGCAUAUCGAUAAAAAAUAAAUCAUAUUGAUCGAUAUCGAUAAUUAUCGAUAUAAUUAUUAUAAUUAUUUAACAUAUAUUUUAAUUGCAGCCCUGGAUAUUUUAUGCUAUUGCUUAAUGACCUACUUUUAAUAAAGAACACACAAGCACUGAAUUCAAAUUCAAACCUUUAUUCAACCACUUUUUUUAUUUUACCACAACUGAAAGUUUUUUAAAAAGGAACUAAAAAAAAAAAUCAACUUAAGUGGCCUGAGUGACGUCAGUAAAUACUGACAAACAUAAAGACUAAAGUGACCAGAAAAUCUGAUAAAUAAAUAUUUAAAUAGUCUUUUGAUGAAAAUAAACAAAACAAACAAAUAUAUAAAUAAACAGAAUAGCUUUAGGUGGGAAUAGCAUACUACCAGUUUUAACUGUGUGGGAAACUGCCCACAGCCUGGUGUCUGAACACUGAAAUAUUUCUCCCGGGGUCGGGAGAUUUAUUUUUUUUAAUUAUCAUGUGAUUGACUUAAUACACAAACUAAGCACGAGAAGCAGGACUUAUCCACGCCGGUGUUGUGUCGUAGAAUGCACCCCUGCCGAAUGCACCCCCUGCUAGUAGCCAUGAUCCAAAUACUCGCGUCUUUGUAAAAUAUGAGCUCAUUUGAACGUAUUUCCUCCGCACCCUUCUCACCUUUUCAACCCCUGACCCAUUUUCAUGCCUGAAGCGCUGUGUUUGAGAAAUACUUGCGGCCGGGCACUUCAUAUCGCGGGUCGAGAGUGGCUAGAAGCUGGUCGAAGCCAGGCUUUUCAACGGUAGUUAUUGGCAGUAUGUCCCUCGCUAUGAAGCAUGUUACUGCAUGGGUGAUGUCCUUAUGCCGCUCGGACGCUUUGUCGUAUUUUGACAAGAAACGAAGUCCAGUUUGGUCUGCUUCACAUGCUUUGUGCUGGUGCUGGCAGCGGUUCCAGAGGAUUCCUCCUCCGACGACGACGUGGAGCCGCGGCGCGGCCGACACAGCUCGUACUCCUGCACGUGCGACCGGUUUAGAUGGUAAAACAAGUCGGUUGUGUUACCAGACUUGGUUUUUACUAAUUCUCUGCAAAUUUUGCAAACGACCGCUGUUCGCUUUUUGUCAGACUUCUAAAAACCAAAACAUUGCCAUGCUGGUGAACUACUGAAACCUUUUUUCGGGACACUGUCCUCCGCUUCUCCUUGCUGUAUCAUUUUUUCUAAUACACGUGCUGUCUGUUGUGGUUUGGUAAGGGCUGGGCUUGGUGCCGUAGCAUACCUGGGUCUGCGUUUGUGAUUGGUUGGGAGGAAGUAAUGACUGUAGUAAAAGCUACAUGAUAGGCUAUGAUGAAAAAGAAAGGGAAACUGUGUUUUUCUAUCGAACUUUUUAUCGACCCGUUUUUUUUCUAUCGCACCACACGUCUAUCGAUCGAUAUAUAUUGUUAUCGAAUUAUCGUCCAGCACUAGCCGAUCGACUCUCUUCAUCCGCUGUGAUGAGAGCCGAACUGGUGCAGCUGCAGCGUCUCCGGCUCCACAGCAGGCUUAGAGCACAAUACUCGGCACACAUAAGGGUGCGACGCUUGAACCCCACUCAUGUACCAGCUCAGCAGUUGUGUUCACAUUUACCUUUGUUUCAUUUUUGCUGCUUUAUGGAAACUGCCCCUCCCUGCAGCUGCAACACGAACACACGUGAGAAGGAUUUACGUAUUCCUGCAUCUGUGAUGAAGGUUUUAUUCCUUCAUAAAUCCCCUGUAUGCUCUGUGUGUGUGUGUGUGUGUGUGUGUGUGUGUGUGUGUGUGUGUGUGUGUGUGUGUGUGUGUGUGUGUGUGUGUGUGUGAUGAAGCCACGCUCUGGUAAUCUUGUCGAGUCAGAGGCGUCCAGGCUUUCCCCAUGUCAAAUGCAGCAGAUCUUAUUUCAAUAUCAGGCCCGGCUUAUUUGGAAACACAGCCAAUCCGCAUACAUCAGCUCGGAGGCCGGUUCAUCAUUUCUGUUCAGUCAGUUCAAAAUGCAAAGUGGAUUGAUUUAGAAGCUCAGGGGCAGUAUAUACAGGAUAUUGGACAAUUUUUCAUACACGCAACUGCCUUCAAAUUGCUUUGGAAAUUAUUUCCAAUCUGCACAGUGAAGAAUUUCUACGGUCAUACACUCAGAGACUAUAUACAACGUUAGCUUUACAUGGAUCUGCUUUUGUAUAACAAACCGAGGAAAGAAAAGGAUUAAAAACAUAUGAUACAAAAGACCAGAUUUAGUCCUUUUGUAGCUCUGAAAGAUCGAUGGAGGAAGAUGUCAGUGAGUGUAGAGGAUGGAGAACUUGAUGAGGUGUAUCAGACAGGUGGGAAAAAGGAUAGUAAUUGUAGUUCAGUUUACCAACAAAUUCAGCAGCUGCUGUGACACAGUUCACAGCAGCAACUGUUCGACUUAAACCCAUUAUCAUCUGCUGCUGCAGCUGGAAUAAAACGGCUCAGUUUACAUUUUUCAGAGUGGAUGAUGAACACUGAAUCACCUCAGAUGUGAAGUCAAAAUAUUCUCUCCUCUGCUCAUCUACACAGUCAGCGUGUUCACGUGUUUAAAAAAAUUAGUGUAUUACAUUAAUCAAGCUAAAACUUGACUUUUACACAUAUAUAAGUUGUACAAAUAUACCUACAUGAUGAGAUUAUAAUAAUAAUGCAUCAGAUUUCAUAUAGCGCUUUAUCAGAGACCCUCAAAGUGCUUUACAUUGGAUACAUCUGGGACCUAAUGUAAGGCGGAGGACACACACUGGCCAACCUUGUGGAACAUUUAUUAAGCAGUCAGAGAUCAUAGAGUCUGCAGCUUUAAAAACAAAGAGCAGGUCAAUAAAUAUGAAUAAAAUGAUUGUUGAACUUCUGAAAAGUUCUAAAAAGUUAAAGAUUAUUUGAUUUAGUUCCUAUGUUUCGUCUUGUUUCCUUCUAACAGAUUGUUAAAGUUCUGGUUCUGGUUCAGUUGUGCAGCUUCUUUGGAUUCUGACCCUCUUUUUCUUAAUGAUGCUGUCUCUGAAGCCUAUUUUGGGCUGGACAUAUUAUUUAUGCAUUACACAUUAAUAUAAAAUCAAAUCAAUUACAGGCUAAAAAUACCCGGACCCCAGCUGAUUGAAGAUCCCUCUGCACAACCCCGCAGUCUGGAGAAGAUCUCAUCAUCAUUUCACUUUUUCACAUGAAUCCAAAAAAGGUUCAGAGUGAGAUCAACUUCAGCAGGAUGGUUGUCUAAGAAGCAGACCAAAUAUUUCCCAUCUAUCAGCUUGGAUAAGAGGUUACUGGUUUUGGUUUGGUGUUAGUUUUGAUUUUGUGUUAAAAUAGGAAAGACUGAAACUUUAUGAGAUAGAAAACUUUACCAAAAUAUCAACUUACUACCCAGAUAUCAGAAUAUUAGAGGGAGCAUUGACAGACAUGUUCACUCGUUUAAGAAAUAGUGACAUCUUCCUUGUUGGCUUCCAGUUCUGCUUAUUUGGAGGUUAUUUACUUCACAACCCAAACACUUUUAUUGAAUACAGUGAUGCAUACAGUUCAGCCCACACACUGAGGAAGCAAUGGUUUCAAAGCAUCACCGGACAGCUCAGCUUUUGAGACAUAUACCCACUUAAAAUGCCAAAGAUAUCAGGGCUUAGCUCAGACUACGGCCCACAUAGUUUUCCGGUGACUGAACAGGCACAUAUUAGCCGAAUAUUACCCGGCCUAUUCUCCAUCCAAAAGAAGAAAAAAAAUGUUCUGCUUCUCCGCCUGUCUUAAAACCAGCUGCCUUUGGCGAGACUCUGGAGUCACAUGCCUUCCCUCAAAAACAAAAUGGAUCUGAUGGAGUCGGCGCUCCCCAGACAGCUCCCAAACUGGCAUUUGCUGAUUGAAGAGUUUCCUGGGAGGCAGAUGAAGCAGAAACCAUAGAGGCCCAGAUUUAGAGAUCAUGUGUAAAUGUGUGUGUAGUGAAAAUGGGGACUAAAGAGGGAAGCUCCAAUGUUAGAAAUGACACCAAUGCAGAGGUGUAAAAAAAAAACUGCAGUUCCCUGAGUGUCCACUAGAAACAGGCUUCAAAACACAAGGAUUCCCCAUCAGAGCCCACAGCAGAAUCAGACUUGUUUACAUGCUUGGACAGUUUCGGUCCGUUAUAGAGGCUGCAGAAGGUUGAAUUUGUUUCGGGUACAAACAUCCACUACACCUCUUACUGGUUUCAUCAUCAGCCCAAAAAUGAGUUUGUUCCAGUGUCCAGUAGAGGUGGGAGAAAAAAUCGAUUCACAUAAGUAUUGCAGUUUAUUGUUUUACAGUUUUUAAAUCGAUUUUUUUUUUUUUUUUUUGCUGCGCCAUCUACAGGACAAGUUGGGGAACUUUUCAAAUGGCAGAACAUUUUCGAAGAGAAACCGAAUCUUAUUCUCCGCAUUUUAUUUCUGAAAUAUCGGCGACAACCGGUGAGUUUUGGCCGAUUACCUCAAACGGGCUAAAAUUGGCUGAUUUAAUCAGCUCACUGAUAAAUCGGUCUGGCCCUAAUCAUAAUCAUUCAACUGUUUCACUGGUGUUAAAAAUGCAGACUAAAAAUUGAGAAAAUAGACAAUAUCGUAGAAUCGCAAUUUGAAUCAUAACAGCAUCCAAAAAAAUUGUAGAACAAUCAAAUCAGAUGAAAAGUGUAUCGUCCCAGCCCUAGUGUCCAGUUCCCCAGUGUUGUUAAGGUCUGUCUACCUUUUUUUGGCGUUGCUGUAAGAGAUUGUGUUGUAUGUUUUGGAAAAAGUCCUGCUGAGUUGUUUGCUUUGAAGACAGGUUUUUUCACCAAUGCUUGUUUAGUCAUUUGUUGACUUGAACCCUCUGCAUUCAGCUGUUUCUUUUGUUUUGUGUGGCCAGUCUUAAAGCUUGAAAUGAUAUCUCUGAUUUCUCCUUCUCUCACUCUUCAGGUCCUUUGUUGCUGUUGGAUAACAUGAAGAAGGAACGGUCAGUUGUGUUACAAUGCAAGGACCGAAAAGAGCGAUAACGGGAGCCCCUGUUUCAAGAGGAUUAACGCUUCAUGACAACCCCUUCAGAUGUCUUCUUCAAAUAUGAGGAUUUCAGUUGAGUCAACGCUGAGAAACAACCAGCUGAAGUCAUAAGGAUCCUCGUCUCAUCCUCGCCUUCUUUCUGGGCCGUCUCAGCUGCUGUUUUUUCUUCAGGUUGCUGCUGUUUUAACAUCUGAUCACCAUGCGUCCUUCCCUCGCCACAGCGGUCCUACCGCCCAGGACCCGUUCCCACAACCCCCCAAACCUUGCGGUUGGGGGUCGAGAACACCUGUCAGCUCCACGGAGGCGCAGCCCUCAUCUCAGACACACACUGAGUCCAGAAAACCUCCGAACUUUAGCAGAAAGGGGCGGAGCUGCCGUCGACACUGUGUCAGUUGUCAGCAGUCCUAUUGGACUCCCACGGGCGAACAGUGACACCGAUCUUGUGACCUCCCAAAGCCGGUCCUCACUUACAGCAUCCACUUUGGAGUAUACGCUAAACCGUGGCCAGAACCUGGUCAUAUCCUGGGAUAUCAAGGAGGAAGUGGACGCUACUGACUGGAUCGGGCUGUACCACAUAGGUGAGAGUAUGAUCCUUUGAGGAAAGGUUCAAAACAAGUCUCACAUAUUUAGACAGUUUGACGUCAUCAAAAGCGGGGUGGACAUGAAGUUAAAGGGAUAUUCCAGUGUAAAAUUAAUUUAGGGUCAAACUGUAACACCCCCUUGAGAGAUAAAUGUUACGAACUGCUUGCUUCUCUAGUUAUACUAGCUUUAGUAACGACCGCAUGAUAGCAAAACACAGUGGUCUGAGGAGCCAUAAACAAACCUCAACCAAAACACCACUCUAUAGCCACAAAUAAUGCUCAGAACAGCACCUAACUUCAUCAACAGGACAUAUAGGGUCACAGACAUAGUACUAGACACAAAACAUCUUUUUCAUUUUGACUAAUUUUCCAGGGGGUGUCUAACUCGGUGUGAUGGUGUGUUUGACCCUAAAUUAAUUUUACACCGGAAUAUCCCUUUUAAUCUCACCUAAAAGGUCUUACACCAGUUCUUAUACCGAUUUUCCAGGCUAGAUAAACUCGAAAAGCAUUUAGUUCAAGUCUUUGAAGUCUGAGAAAAAACAUUAUUGUCACUUAAAUCAGAUUAGGUAUUAGAUAUUUAAUCCUCACAUCCAUAACAGCUUCCAUGUUCACAUGUUUUUCAUUUUUCUGAAUGAUUUUAAAUUCUGAGUCAGAGAAGCGAUCAGAGCCGCAGCAGCAGGUAACAUCAGCUCUUUAUUGUGUGCGCUAAGAAGCAUUUAAAGAUUAUGAACAAGGACUGUGCUUGUAGUCAGUAUUGCUCCUGUAUUACUUUUCACCAGGAUGGACAGAUCCCCUUCACAGUUUGAGCCUGAUAUCCUUCUUCAGCACACAGGUCAAUGUAUUUCCCCCCUGUCAAAUUCCUGUCUCUAAGCAGGAUUAGGCAGACUUUAUUGGACGCUCCUCCGUUUAAAUCAGAGCCUCGCACGCUUUGUGAUGGUGUGUGUUAUUGUACACCGAGGCAGAGCUGCUACAUGUUGACUCAACAGCUCCUGUUGCAGUAUUGACUCAGAGUUGGACGCUCCUACACGGAGCUCAACCUGGCUACUCUCAACUCUCAAUAAGAAAACACCUGGAUCAGCUGAAACGCUUGGAGGACACGCAGGGUCAAGACAGAUAGUUUCCUCCUGAGCACCUGCAAGUUUUAUAGAUGGUUUACGAAGCACUAUGAGAGUUUGAAAAGUACAAAAUAUACGAUGAAGCAAAGUUGAAAGGUUUUAUAGAUCAGGUGUCUAGUAGUUUUUCCUCGCAUUUUUCUUCUUCUUGUUAGAUUUUUGUUUGAGAUUGUUGACUGGACAAAAACCGUGUGACGACUUUACUUUUUGGCUCUCUGAUAUUUCAAUGAGUAAUUUUUUUGACAUCUUGAAGUCCAAAAGAAUUAAUCACUGAUUCGUUUAGUCUGCAGAAAAAAUUGCUUGUUUUAUUCCUACCAUUCAGGCAAACUUUUUCCAAUAAAUUUGGACGCUGGCUCGGACUGUUGCAGUCAACAAGUCUCUUAAAAGCAGAGGAUCUGACCUCUGUAAUGCCACACAAAUGUCAGUUUUUGAUCAGACAGACCUAGGAAAAGAUUUAUUGUAAUAUUUUAAUGAUAUUGUGUAGUGUAGGUGAAAAAAAUACAAGAAUUAUUAGCAAUUUUACUGUUAAUAAUACCCCUUUGAAACACUUUAUUUGACGCCUAUCUCUAUAAGGAAUUAUAAAUAUAUAGCACUGUAUAACUAUAGUUAGAAACACUCAUAAAUGAUCAUAAUUACACAUCAUAAAGCAUUUUAUUAUGACUUACAAGGUCACAUUUUAUAAUGUGUUAUAACUGUUAACAACUCACUAAUUUAUGAGUGUUUAUAACUAUAGUUAUAAAGUGCUACAACGCGAUUAUAACGCAGUAUACAUUUAUUUAUAAUGCGUUAUAGAGAGAGAAGUCAAAUAAAGUGUUACCCAAUUUUUUAAUCGUAGAGUUAUGAACUUUUUCCUGUCUUUGAGUCAAAGCCUCAGUUUUUUCUCUAUAUCCAGUCAUGUUACUAAACUUAUGAAAAAAUUAGCCUUAUCAUUUGUGAACUGUUUUUUUUUUUUUUUUUUUCCUGCAUAGCUUUUUCAGAAUUUUAUUUUUUUUUAACGGGUUUUAAACUUUUUAUUGGUUUAAAAUUCAAAAUGAACUUAAAUUUGUCAUAAAGCGACAUGUUGAUAUCUGGUCAUUGCACUAUUUUAGAGUAAAUAAAGGGUUUGAAUCACUCGCAAACUAUUAAAAUCUGGUUUUAUAAACAUUUUUUACGGCAUCCUAACUUUUUUGCACAGUUGAAUACAUGUGCAGUGUUUCAGGCUGGAGCUGAUUCGCUUUGAAAAUGGAUUUGAUGUUUUGCACGGUUGGAUUCGAAGUCUUUGCUAAAGUUAAAUUUAAAUAUUUGUGGAGAAGAUCCAAACAUUUCAUAAAACAUACUUUCUUCAGGAGCAGUUACACUCCUAUGACAAAGAGAUGAUUGUUAUCGCCGCCUUUUACUCCAGCAGUCGUUUGUUUCCUGUCACAGUGAUACACAACAUGAUGGAGUAAAGCAGAAACUAAGAGCUGUCUCUUUAAAUGGGAUAAUUUCUGCUCUAAAACAGCCUCAUUUACAGGAACAUUGAAGUCAGUGAGCUGCCCACUGUGAUGUAUGGUGUUAGUAAUGGAUAAUGGAUUUCUGAAAACAAUGAACGUCUUUGACUUGAGGAGGUCACAGAGAAACCUGCAGUACACCAUGCCGAUAUUUCACAAGAACACGUGUUUAAAGAGCGUUUGAACGAUUUAUCGUGUUUCUGACGCUCUUCCUGGUUUAACUUCGUUGACCACAUUGUCUUAACCUUUCCCUCGUCGGUGAAAAUGCUGUUUAGGAGAAAGAGAUAGCGUAGACUGCUGGUGCCGCAUGUCAGGGGCGUCAGGUCACUUCAUAUCGAUCAAAAGGCCACCAGGACUUCAUUACCUGCUCCAGGGUCUCAAACCCCAGAGGGGCGACCGCUUUCCUCGACUAAGCAGACAUUCAAUGAUAAGCAACUUACCCUCCUCUUCUCUCACUCCCCACACACACACACACACAGACACACACACUCCUCCCCCUCGGUCAGCUGAGUUUGGUGCUUCAUUAAUCUGUGCGUGAAAGUGCUACGAGCAGCGGAAUUCCCCCUCCCUGUAUCCAACUUAGAGGAAGUUUGCUGUUUGUCCUUCUAGUUAGAGGUUGUAUGAAGACUAUUUUAGGACUGGACUUCACUGAUUAAAGCCAAACUUGUGUUUUCAAAGACAGAGUCCACAGACUAAACAUGCAGAUAGAGCAGAUACAGCUUUGUUCCUGUAUGUUGUAGACAUUAAACUCUUGUCUCCUGUUGUUUAAUUUAGUUUGAAUCAACAGUAAGCAAGUACAUCGUAUGGCGUCCUAAAACUAACUAAGAUCUGUUCUUCUCUGCAGAUGAGACCAGUCCAUCGAACGUGUGGGACUGUAAAAACAGAGGGGUGAAUGGCACACAGAAGGGUCAGAUCGUGUGGAGGCUGGAGCCCGGGCCUUAUUUUAUGGAGCGUAAGUAACAAAAAAAACAAACAAAAUUAUAACCUUGAAUAAUCAGAAAUCUUAGCGAUGAAAUAAAAGUGUUUCUAGCUCCCACGUGUCGAGUCUGGUCAGUAGUGAAACUUCAAACCUGUACCCAACAAUAGAUUUCCUCAUCUUUCUCUGCAGCUGAGACCAAGAUCUGCUUUAAAUACUACCAUGGCGUGAGCGGAGCCCUGAGAGCCACGACGCCCUGCAUCACCGUGAAGAACCCAGCUGUGCUGGUCUGUGUGUGUGUCUGUUUGUGUCUGUGUCAGUGUGGGUUAGACCUUCUUUUGUCAGCCAAGCUCAGUCACAAAAGGGCACACAUGAAAGAGUGGUAUAUCAUGUAAUGUCAGGGUUACAUUAUAUCUCCUAUAAUGAUACUUGAAAGUGACUGACACUAACAAGUAAGGCCAAGUUAGCCCUUCCUAAAUGACUGUAUAUUUGCUGCUAUGUAGAAGAUCAUUAUGAUUUCUGUGAGGUUUAUAAAACACACAUACAGGUGUGAUAAAAUAGUUUUUGUACCUGUGGAGUUAGAAUUGUUUGGUUCUGUUACAGGUGGAGGGGCUGGCAGAGCAGGUGGGGGUUGAACAUCCAAGAAAACUGAUCAGCUUCACUCUGACGGGUGAGUUUAGAGGCUGAAACAUCCGACAAGUUUGGUGUCUCAAAACCGAAACUGUAUCAAGUAACAUCUGUGUUCAUGCAGCACUCCCUCUAGUCUUCUGAUCGCUCCCAAAGCUUUUACAUCAUGUGUAGCAUUCACACAUUCACACUAGAGGCUGCUAUGUAAAGCAACCAUGAGUAUUGACUAAUCCCAUUCACACAUAGCUGGGCGCAGCCAGCGAGGACAGCGGGGGGUCAAGUGUCUCAUCCAAGAACGCAAUGGUAUGUGGUCAGACUCCCAACCUUCUGACUGAGAAAUGACUCCACCUUUGAGCCACUUUUGCAAAGAUCAGUGCAGAUAUUAAUUAGCGCAGCAGGAUGCAGUAUUUAAAUCUUCUUCCCAAGCCAAUAACUUGACUCUUACUCAAAGAUGCAAGACGUCUGAACAAACUGGUGAAAAAGGCUGGCUCUGUGGUUGGAGUCAAACUGAGUUGGAAGAUUUGGUGGAGAGAUCUACACUGAGGAGGGUGGAGACUAUUCUAAUGAACAUGGAUCACCCACUUCACAACACCUUAAUGGACCAAAGGGCCAGUGGUGGAGGACGGCUCCUCUGUCUUCGCUGACAGAAAGAUUCAGAAGAUCUUUUGUACCAACAGCCAUCAGACUUUAUAACUUUUAGAGACAUGACAAAUGAGACAACAGACAAUUGAAUUUCCCUUCAGGGAUCAAUAAAGUUCUUCUUAUUCUUAACUUGUGUUUUAUUGCAGAUCUGCGGGCGACCGGCCUAAAGAAGGGCAUGUUUUUCAAUCCUGACCCGUACCUGAAGAUGUCCAUCCAUCCAGGGAAGAGAAGCGUCUUCCCCAUCUUCAGUCAUCACGGACAGGAACGACGAUCAGCCAUCAUCGCAAACACCACCAACCCCGUCUGGCAUGGAGAGGUGAUACUCAGACCUCCACAGAUUCUCUUUUACACGGCUGAUUGUACAUUAAUCAUCUGUUUUUUCUGUUCAUCCACAGAAAUACACUUUUGUAGCACUAAUGACAGACAUCCUCUACAUCGAGGUGAAGGACAAGUUUGCCAAAAGUCGGCCGAUCAUUAAACGCUUUCUGGGCCAGCUCACCAUCCCUGUGCAGAGACUUAUUGAAAAAAUACCCGGGUCAGUCCUGCAGACAUUCACUCACACACACACAAAAUUCAGGUCCAGCUUAAGUCCAGUCUGAAGGACAGUGGAGCCGAUUUUACGACUUCAUUACUUAAUUACAUCUUUUUUCAAGCCAAGGCCUUAUUUCUUAUAUUUUGCUGUUAAAAACGGUUCCGGGCACAGAAGAGUUGUGGAUUCGUCCAGGUACUUUUCAGCUGGCAGAGGCGAGACCGGCUGUAAUGGUUCCAAUGUACUGGAACCCUCGGGGACAAGUGCAGUCAAUUAAUCCAAGCCCACUAAAAGUCCUCGUGUUUUCAUCUAACAGGCUCAGAUUGUUUUUCAAUUUGUCUGACAACAUUAGAGAAGGGACUCCUGCAGAGAGGGAUCCUUUUGGUAGGAUAGGAUGCUUAUUUGAACGUGUUACAGCUGUUUCAUCGCUCACUUAAAAGCCUCCAGACUCCAUUAAAAACAACAACAACAGUCAGUUUUGGAGCUGCUUGUAAAAUUCUGCUAGUUUGUUUUUAGUAAACAAGUUUGUUUUUUUCUCUCCUCACAGAGUCCAGCCUGUUAGUUUCUCCCUGUGCCGACGCCUGCCCACUGAACAUGUGAGCGGACAGCUGCAGUUCAAAGUGGAGCUCACAUCAACGGGGCCUGAUGGUAAAUCUGCAUUUUCACCACAUAAUGAGUCCUUGGAUUUGAGUUUUUCUGGACCCAGACUUCAAACCCUCUCUGCCUCCUGUAGGUGCCUCCCCUGAUUCUAUCAUCGGCAUGUCAUCCUUGAACGGGGCUCCAGGGACGCCAUCAGAUGACGAGGACCUGCCCCAUCAUCUUCCAGGCGUAAAUAUCGCAGGAGUCGUCUCUGCUGGUCCGUCUCCCACUGGCUCACAGGGCUCACAGGGCAUGUGGGAAGGCGGGGCGGCGGCGUGUUCAGAGAAGGACUUUUCUCUCAUCGGAGCCGAGGCGAGAUACGUGGAUGCUGACAGCCUGUCAGGUCAUGAGACCCUCCAGAGGUCCCUCAUUGAGAGUCUGGAUGCUAUUGAGGCACCCAAAGGUCCCGGUGAGAGACCUCUGGGUGCGGCGUCACCUAAGCUACGCUCCAGCUUCCCCACACACACCAGACUCAGCGCCAUGCUGCACAUCGACUCAGACGAGGACGAGGAAAGGUCCGGGGCCAAUGACAUCACUCCUGUGCCGCUGUCACCGCUGCUGAUGAACGGGGAGCCUCCUGAUAUCCCCGAUGAGGAGGACCCCUUUCCUGAGAUCCAUCCAGAACCGGAGCAGCUGGAGCCCCCAGUGCUGGAGGAGGAGCCCGGGGGUCCGGUCGGUGCAACAGGUGACAUACCCUCUGAUGCAGAGUUGGCUCUGGAGAUGGGGGCAGGUCUGGACUUGGACGAUGUUUUGGAGCCAGACGUCUUUUCUGAAGUGGACGAGACGCCUUUCACAGAGGCGGUGUCCCAUAAUGCUUUGCCAGAGGGCGGAGAAGUGCCUGAGGAAGGAAGGGGGGCAGUAGAGGACCCCUCUUCAGAGAUCGACACCUGCUCCAUGGCAACAGCCCAGCAGACUGUUGUCUCAUCAUCAGAGAGCUGCCCAAUCACCCUGACAACAGCUGUGGUGAGUUCAUGGUGAUCACGACGAAAGAGUUAACCCUUCGUUUGCUCGAUUAUAAACCUGUCUGUGAGUUAAAGGGAUAUUCCGGCGUAAAAUUAAGUUAGGGUCAAACACACCGCAAGACCGAGUUAGACAAAUAAUGAGAGAGAUGAAUGUUGUCGACCGCUUGCUUCUCUAGUUAUACCAACUUUAGUAACGGCCACAGAAAGCAAUACACAACCAAAACACCACUCUAUAGCCACAAAAAAUGCUCAGAACAGCACCUAACUUCAUCAACAGGACAUAUAGGGUCACAGACAUAGUACUAGACACCAAACAUCUUUUUAACUUUGACUCAUUUCUUUAGCAAAGAGACUAAACACAACUCACCUACUCUCUUCCAGCAUCCGUUUGUUUCUACGGCGACCUCAGGCGAGUCCAUCGACUGCAGUGGAGUUUUGCAGCACAAGGGAGAACAUUUAUGAUCAUUACUUCAAGAGAAUAUUGUAGUCGAUGGACUUGCCUGGAGGUCUCCGUACAAACAAGCGGCUGCUAGAAGAGUGAGAGUCUCUCAACGGGGUGUCUAACUGUCUUACGAUGUGUUUGACCCCAACUUAAUUUUACGCCGGAAUAUCCCUUUAAUGUGCAGUAACAGCUCCUCUGCUCGGUCUGAGUCUCUUUACUGUCCUCACAGCGCACACACUGUACCGAGCAGCAGACUCCUCUGGGUCCUAGCCUCAGCUGUGUUUGUGUGACACUCACUGCACCAUAAUACAUAAUUCAGCACAAGCUGUUAGAUCCAUAGUUUUGCACUUAGUAAGUUUGGGAUAUUUGCAUAUUUACUCACUCGGCUUGUACCAGAGGAAACCUGGGAACAGAGUGUGAGUGUGAUCUAAGUAUCAGCGCUCAGUUUCCAGACAAAGGCUCCUCGGUUUGUUCUGUUUUUCUUUUCAGCUGACCCACCUACACGCCGAUAAACAUUUGCAUAAACUCGUACUUUACUCUGUUUUUUUUCGUGUUUGUUUCCUUGGAGAUGGAGUCAACGCUGCCUCGGGUUGUUUGGUGUCAUUUGUUCUGACUUUAUUCACAGAUUUUGUGGCAGUAGGUGUGAACGCCUUGCAUAUAAAUGUAUUUAUGAUUCACCAGCUUCAUGAGGCUGAUCUUCUGUGUGAUUAUCAUCUCUUCAAAUGUCCACUCACUGUGGGAUAUCCUGCAGGAAGCUGAGGAGGGGGCGGAGACCGCCAUCGAUCCUGGGGGAAACGUCAGCUCUUCUGUCCCACCGACUACUCAGGCUGUCGACGAUGAAGGUGGCGGGCAAGUGAGCGUCUCUGAGGCUGGUGGAGAAGCUCCUCCAUCCAGCGAGGUGGACCAGGCAGAGGAGGUCAGCGUAAGGAGGCUGAGCAUGCAGGCCGCCGGGGGCGUAAGCGAAGAGCAGGAAAGGGUGGAGACGAAGCCGCAGGAGGAGGCGGGGUCUGCGGAUUCAGAGCAAGUCACCACGGAAACAGAUGGAGAGGAAGGUAAUCAGCCUCCAGUGACUCAACAGUUUGUAUUCAGUCUCUGUUUGUCUCUCCAGUUAAUCAAUAUUUUAAUCGUUUUUACAAUAACUGUUUUUUCUCUCUUUGUCCAGGUUCUCACGUCAACGGUCAUCCCGUACGCUCACUUCCUUCUGUGCGUCACGACAUCCACAGAUACCAGCGUGUGGACGAGCCUCUCCCUCCCAGUGAGUGUGUGUGUCUGCAUGCACCGUAUCGUCCUACACGUCUGUGUUUAUGUCUGUUUGUCCUCGUGUGUCUUCAUGUGUCCAUCUGCAUGUUUGACAAACUCAAACUUCAAUUUAUCCCCAAAUGACCCCGAAACGUUCUCGCUCUCGUCUUUCUCUCAGACUGGGAGGCUCGCAUCGACAGCCACGGCAGGAUCUUCUUCGUGGAUCACGUGAACAGAACCACCACAUGGCAGCGCCCAACUGGACCUCCCGCCCCCCAGGGCCUGACCCGAUCUAACUCUAUUCAGCAGAUGGAGCAACUCAACCGCAGGUGCACUUUCUAACAGAGAAACGUCUGAUGACCGUCAUGCUUUAAGUAAAUACCUUGUCUUUCAAGUAAAGGAAUAAUGCGUCUUGUUAAACCAACCAUUAACAUCAGCUGUGGUACUUUGAGCAAAUAUCCUCCGACAAAUGUACUCGGUCUGUCCUGGAGUCUCCUCUAAUGGAACCAGCCUCUGGGUUUCUCUUCGCUGCUUUUAACCGUGGUUUCCUUCGCUUUCUGUCUUUUCAACUUUAAAGUAACUUCAGAAAACAGAGGGAUACCAAAGCUUUCACUGCGGCUUUCAUGAUGAUCUUUCUCUUGACCGGAAAUGUCUGCUCUUAUUUUCUCAUAUUCACUUCAUUCUCUUCUAUCCCAGGUACCAGAGCAUCAGGAGAACCAUAACCAACAGUGAUCGGACAGAAGAAACUCCUGCUGAACUGCUGCCUGAACCAGAAAGUGAACUGAUGCCUCACUCCAUCUCUGGUUAGUUUCAGCAGAAAUCAGACUCAGGGAAAUUGUUAUUGUGUUAUACUGACAUGUGUGUGUCCUCUGUAGGAAUAUGUCUCUUUCUUUCCUGCUGCUUGUCUCUCUUUGACCAGCCUGUGUUGAUUUCAUUGCAGAGUACAGACGGGAAAGCGCGGUCGCUCACUCCAGCGGACGCUCGCGGCUCUCCCUGCUGCUGCAGUCUCCCAGCGCCAAGUUCCUGUGCAGCCCCGAUUUCUUCACCGUGCUGCAUUCAAACCCUGUCAGUGCAAAAGAAUUAUUGACGCACACUUAAAAACUCUGCCUGAGUCUCGCCUCAAUGAUCCACUUUAAUUUAGCGAGUGUGUAUGACACAAUACUGACAUUAAGUGAAGGUCGAAGAGUGUAAAACAGUAAAGUUGUCAUCCCUGUUAUUCUGUCAAACUUUUUUGUAUUCCUCUUCCUUUUCCUCGGUCAUGAUCUCACCUGUCUGUCUUCUCUGCUCAGAGUGCCUAUCGCAUGUUUACGAGCAACACCUGCCUGAAGCACAUGGUCAGUAAGGUGCGGCGGGAUGCUCAUUACUUCGAGCGUUACCAGCACAACCGCGACCUGGUCACCUUCCUCAACAUGUUCUCCAACAAGCAGCUAGAGCUUCCCCGGGGCUGGGAGAUGAAGCACGACCAUACGGGAAAGGUGCGUGACAGUGUGUGACUACUCCCUUUGACUUUGACCCUCAAGUUUGGGUAUUUAUUGAUCUGGGAUCUUAAGAGCUUCCUCCAAUCAGAUGUGUUUUAGAGCACAAACACCGCAGCUUUCUUCAUGCAUGAUUGUUGUUUUUUUCAUCUCAACCCUCAGCCUUUCUUCGUGGAUCACAACUGUCGCUCAACAACCUUCAUCGACCCCAGGCUGCCCCUUCAGAGCUCUCGCUCCACCGGGCUUCUGGCCCACCGCCAGCACCUGAGCCGCCAGAGAAGCCACAGCGCUGGGGAGGUGAGAGACUAGCCCCCGCUGCUGCACCACUUGUCACCUGAAGUCAACUUAAAGCUCGCAGAGUUACUGCAAUGUUUGUAGAGGCUGUAGUGAAGGAGAGAGAAAUGAGUUUCUGCUCAGUGGGAACAGGAAGAGAAGUUUUCCUGCUUAAGGCAACUUUUAGACAGAAACGGUCUUCAUAGAAACAGAAAAGUUUAGUUUCGUUUAGGGGGGUCCGUUUAGACGGCAACUGCGUUUUCAGGAGAUGAAAACGUAACAAAGUGAAAACCUCUAGAGUGGAAAUGUUGUAAAUGCUCUGCUAGUCCCACUUUCGUCUAAAGUACAAAAACGCUGAAAACGGUCAAACCUGUGACGCCAAGGCUCACGUCGGCUCACGUUUAUGACAUCAUAGCCAUGCGCAGCUUCCUUGAAAAUAACAACAACCAUGCUAGACAUUCGAGUAGCGCUGUCGUUAUUAUUGAACGGGCAGGAGCUCAAUUUCGACCCGUACAGAAUCCUCACGGAUCAUACUGCUCAGCAGAGGAGGCGUCUGAAUUAAUUGCAUUAAAUAAUUAAUGUGCCAAUUGGUCAGAACGAAGUGGUUCUACGUAUGCGUUGUUGGUCUACAUGGGAGCGCGGUUACAUCGACAUGCGCCACCUAGCGACCUGGCAUGCACAUUACAGCGUUUUGAACCACAAUUGCAUUUUUGUGUAAACACAGAAUAAAAACUGAAAACGAAACGGCACUUUUCCGUUUUCUAUGGAGACCGUUUCCGUCUAAAAGUGGCCUUAAUGGAGCCAAAAAAGAUGAGAUCAAAUUCUCCUCAUCUCUUCAUAAAUCCUGUUAGAUAUGGAAGCAAUAUACUCUUCUUCUGUGGACGUAUUAGUUGAUUUCAUUUGUCACCUUUUCAAAUUUCAUCUGCUAGUUUGUUUUAAUCUGUAAUACCACACUAAUGCCAAAAGCAAUCAGAUCUCCUGUUAACAAACCAUCAGAUACACUCUGGUUAUUAUAAUUCUGUUUAUAAUGGCUCACAUGUUUUGUGUCUUACACAUCAACACCACCCACAAGACUUGGCGUCAGCAUCAUGAGUGUUUUUUACACACAGAGCUGCUAUUUCAAAGCAGGAUAUUUACACUCCUGUUACGUCUGCAGUGUUUAACGCACAGAGGUGUAACGCUGAGGCGAAGGUGAAGCAGCCGAGCCGACAGAGAGGAGAGCAGUAGAAGUAAUUAGCAGCGAAUUAAUCUGUCUCAGAACUAGGAUGCGACCUGAACUGUAGUGCCUCUUUUUGUCACAGGUGGUGGAUGACUCUCGCCAGUCCAACCCGCCCGCAAUGCCCCGCCCCUCCAGCACCUUCAGCGGCUCCAGAAGUCAGUACCAGGAUGUGGUGCCUGUGGGUAAGUGAGGCAGGAUUAAAUCAAGACUUAAAUGGAAGCAACAAUUCUGCACAAGACAACAAUUUGAACGUGUGUUUCCUUUGUUUUUUUAGCAUACAAUGACAAGAUAGUGGCGUUUCUACGACAACCAAACAUCGUCGAGAUCCUGCAGGAAAGGCAACCUGAGCUUGCAAGGAACCACUCGCUCAAGUAUGUGUUUGUGUUUUUCUUCUUCUACUUCCAGCAAUCCUCGAUUACCAUCAUCAUCAUCAUCAUCAUCAUCAGUCAACCUGAACGCUCAGUUAACCUUUAAUCCUAAUGGGCUGUGUCAGUUUACCCCCUAAUGUGCAUGUGUGUUUGUGUGUUUGUGUGUUCAUGUGUGUGUGUGUUCAUGUGUGUGUUUGUGUGUUCGUGUAUUUGUGUGUGUGUGUGUGUGUGUGUUCAUGUGUGUGUGUGUGUUUGCAGGGAAAAGGUGCAAUUCAUCCGUAAUGAGGGGGUCAACGGGCUGGCUCGGCUCUCCAGUGACGCUGACCUCGUCAUGCUGCUGAGGUGAGGCCUGUGUGUGUGUACGUGUGUGUGUGUGUGUGUGUACAGGUUGUUUGUUCAUGUCUAAAUUUUAAACAAAUUGCUCGACCUCUUCUCAAACCAUCUGUGCUGAGAAAUGAUUCAUGCAUGUUUCAUAUUAAAAAGUCUGUUACCACCAAACAGAUAUUUGGCAUGUUUCAGAGUAGAACGUCCAACUUUCUGUGCCUGUUUCUUUCCGACCGCUCUCUGAAUGUCUCCACCUUUCUCUCAUGACUCCAGCUUAUUCGAAGAGGAGGUGAUGUCUUAUGUUCCACCCUUGCUCCACCCCAGUUACUGCCUCUCCUCUCCUCAGAGCUCCCCCGGUGAGUCUCCAUCCCACUCUGCGUCUGCAUCGAGUUUAUUGGCGUGAAACAUCUUUUCUCAGCUUUAUUAAAUUCUUACCGUUUUAUUAAACUUCAGCUCUCCCACCUUGAGAUUUAGUUAAUAUUGUCUUUUUAGAGAAUUGGUCUGGAGACGUUUUCUUCAUAUACUCUGUAGGUUGAUAUGAGACAUGAAUUAAAUGCACUUUCCUUCCUUGCUUAGUUUCUGCCCUUCGUUCCCUUAAAGCUUGUUUUACCAUAUAAGCAGCUUUUGCAUCAUUUAUUACAAACUAAAGAUCUGAAGCAAACAUAUUGACAAAUUCAUUAAAACUGAAAUCUGCGGUGUGCCUGAUUCUUGACUUUUCUCUGUGGAUUUCACCUUUUCCCUCUCUUUCUUUCUUUUUCUUUUGCUCUGUCCUUUAUUUGUGUCUCAGGCACCCAGCGAGCAAACGCCCGUGCUCCCGCUCCCUACAAGCGAGAUUUCGAGGCCAAACUGAGAAAUUUCUACCGGAAGCUGGAGACCAAGGGUUAUGGGCAAGGACCAGGAAAAGUCAAGUAUGUUUAAAUAUAAGUAACCUUCACUUUUACAGGCUUGAACAUUGCCAUGUAGUUAAGACAGAGUCGAACAUCUAAAUGUGUUUCUCUGUGUUUCCAGGCUCAUCAUACGCAGAGAUCAUCUCCUGGAGGAUGCCUUUAACCAGAUCAUGUGUUACUCCCGUAAAGACCUGCAGAGAAGUAAACUUUACGUCAGCUUCGUGGGCGAGGACGGGUGAGAGAGACUCUUUCUAUCCCCACUUCAUUUCCUUAUCGUACUUCAGACAGUAGGAGUGUGAAAUGUGUGUAUUUGGCGACUGUAACUGAUCCAGUACAGUUUCACUGAGCAUCCACUCUUAUCUGGAGUUUGAAAAUGAACAAUUACACACAAAUCUGAUAACAUCCAAGAGCAGGAACAAGUGGUGAGGAAAAGGACUUCUUCUUAAAAAACGUGUACCCUCAUUUUCUGCAGGCUGGACUACAGCGGACCCUCCAGAGAGUUUUUCUUCUUGGUGUCCAGAGAGCUCUUCAACCCUUACUACGGUCUGUUUGAAUACUCAGCCAAUGAUACUUACACGGUCCAGAUCAGCCCCAUGUCCGCCUUCGUAGACAACCACCAUGAAUGGUAAGACUCCAGUCUGAGCUUAUAUCAGUGUGAGACUGUUUGGUGAAGGGAGGAUGGAUGGAUGGAUAGAUGGAUGGAUGGAUGGAUGGAUGGAUGGAUGGAUGGAUGGAUGGAUGGAUGGUUGGAUGAAGGCUUGGAUCUUCGGAUAGAUCGAUGUGUGAAUGAAUGGAUGGAUGGAUGAUUGUAUGACACUUGAUAGAUGAAUGGAUGAAAGUUGAUGGAUAACACAUGAUGUAUGGUUGGAUAAAAGAUGAAUAAAUGAAUGGACAAUAUAUGUAUGAUAGUUGGCUGGAUGGAUAAAUAAAUGGAGGAAAGUUGGUUGGAUGAAUGAAUGGAUGAUUGGAUGGUGCAAUAUUUGGAUGUAUGGGUGAUAACUAGGGUUGGGAAUCGAGAAUCGAUGGGAAUCGGGACUAAAACUUCGAUUCUUCCGGUAUCGUUCAAAUAUUAAAAUUUCAAUUCCAAGUUUCGAUGCCAGAGUCCGCCGACCGGAAGAAAUAGCCGCCGAAAAUCAAAGAAGAAGAAGCCGCUUUACACCAAUGAGGACGGAGCGUAUGAGACAAAGCCACACAGAGAGAGGAGAGAGACAGAGAGAGAGUACAUUGCAACCCACAGCAAUGCAGCCGCUGUGGGUUACAAUGUAUUCUCUCUCUGUCUCUCUCCUCUUUCUGUGUGGCUUCGUCUCAUACGCUCCGUCCUCGUUGGUGUUCGGCAGCUUCUUCUUCGUUGGUCAAAAGUUUGGCUAACUUUAGCAGGAAGAAUGAGCUCUUAUCUCAAUGCAACAUUAGCAAUACAGUUAUAUCAUGCAAAGGAGGGUAAACGACCAACGUGAUUAAACACCUCAGGAUUCAUGGAGGAGAAAUACCCGAGUGCUCGUCUUUGACGCGCUUCGCCGGUGUUGUGCCAGAGAAUGCACCCCUGCUGUUGAAUGCACCCCUGACGGGAGCGCGGUUGAAAGUACACAACAAGGCGAAACAAUCCAAGUUUUUCUUACCGUUGGACGGAAUCUAAAGCGUGUGCCUUUAAUGAUUUCAUUCAGGCUAUUCAGAUAUGCCGAAAACAAUAGCCCUCUGAUUCGGAAUAUUUACUGUCCUGAAAAUAUUAUGUUCUCUACAUUAACAGCUUACUCUACAGUUUAUAUACCCAAGUACACCUCUAUGUGUGCAUUUUUGAGACACAUACAAACAAAACGAAAGUUUACUGCUCCAUUUGACACGUUUUCAUGAUCUAAUACCCGUGUUUUAUUAAAUAUGAGAUCAUAUUUCUUCCACUAAGAAGCUAAUCAGUGGAGGGGAGGCAUUCUACAGCACAACACCUGUCUUCCGCUAACCAGUCAGGAUCAGAUAAGUGAAACAAUAAAUGACUUCUGUCCUCUGAUAACUUUGAAACGGUAAAGAAAUUGAACUGUGUACGGUGAGUAAACUUAAAUAUCCACCUAACGUUAGCCCUUGUGCUUUUUCAUAGACAAACGACCUGACAACAAAAAAUGAUAUUUAUAUACUGGUUGAAAAUAGCUCUGUGAGAAAUCCAUAGUAAAGUUCUUAAAAAGUUAAUAGGAUUUAAAAAUUCAUGGAGAAGUUCAGAAAUUUCAUCCAAAAAGAAGAGCCCCGGUUAGCACCCUCAUUCAAACCAUGCUUUUUUUUUCUUUUUUCUUUUUUCUUUUUGAUAUCCUGCCUUUUAAAAGAAUCGAAUUAGAGAAUCGAUAGGAAUCGGAAUCGAAAUGAGGAAUCGAAAUUGGAAUCGGAAUUGUUCAAAAUCAAACAAUACCCAACCCUAGUGAUAACUAAGUAGAUAAAUGGAUGAAAGAAUGAGUGGAUUGACAUUUAAAUCGAUGGAUUACUGAUAGAUGGAUAGAUGAUGGUUGGAUAGAUGGUAAAUGGAUGCAUGAAUGAAUUAAAAGAAUACUGAUAGAUUGAUCAGAAUUAGAAAGAUCAAUUGAUGGAUGAUAAUAAAUAGAUAAUCAAUGGAUGGAUAGAUGGGUGGCCUAUAGUAGAUGGAUGAUGGGUGGAUUUAGGUUUAGGUCUUUAGGUUUUUUUUAGUCGGACUGGACCGACACUUGUGGUGUUUGUCAAACUGAUCCAAUCUGAUUCUUUUCCUCCUGUAGAGACAAUACUUCUGAUCGUCUCCUGAUCUACUCAUAAAAAGGACGUUUAACAUGAUAAACCCCUUUCAGUGUCAGACUGGUGCCAGAUCCGUUGCUCACUUGCACAGCUGCUUCCCUUUCUCUGCCUUAAGUCUCUGCUCCUCUUCAGACUCCAGCACUGUUCUGACUCAGUGCUUUGCCCCUGCAGUAAAUCUUAGGGGAUUUAGUUUGUUGUCAUGAGCAAUGUCACCAUCUGGUGCAUCCUGAGUUGGAAAGUCAGCUUCAAAUUUAACCUAAGCCUGUUAAAUGCUACAUGAAAGUAGUACACAAUGUUUGUUCCUCUGCAGAAAAAAACGAUCGUUCUGCUUUGUUGUGCUGCAGCGAUGCUCCAUCUAAUAGAGUUGCCCCCUCCAUCUGGCACACAAAACCCCGCUCCACUCUGUGUAAUUUAAAAGAGAAUAUGAAGGGACUGUUUGAUCCAGUUUAGGUCUGUUCAUGUGUUCACCUCUCUCUCUGUAGGUUUCGCUUCAGUGGGCGUAUCCUGGGCCUGGCGCUCGUCCAUCAGUACCUGCUCGAUGCCUUCUUUACUCGACCCUUCUACAAGGGCCUUCUUCGCAUGUAAGUCCCUCGGCCCGCAUCUUUGACUUCCUACUCCUGCUCCCAGCCUGCAGGGCAACAGCAUUUGCAAUCAGCUCCUCCUCACUAACUUUGUGAGAGCGUGCUGAGAAUACGAGUGUUUCAGCUGAAGCCUCUCAGCCAGCAGCUGGCUGGGUUUCCUAUCAGGAGGAGCAGCAUUCUUAUUAAUAGCUUUGUCCAAACAACCUCAAACCAUGCCAAAUGUCUGCAGAGAGGACAGAAUAUUUAUGUAAUAAAAAGGCUCAGAGCCAUUUUGGCAACAUGUGUCUUUAAGAGGCCCCACCUUUCCUGUGCAGACCAGAAUUUAAACCUUAUAAAUAUAGAUAAAUUUAUGUAAAAAAUUACAUAUGGAGCCUUUUUUUUUAAAAACAAUCUUACAGUGCACUCUUACAUUUUUAUUUAUUUUUUGAUUUGUGGUUGUCAACUGCACAUCUAUAUAGGUUAUGGUGAUACUUUUUUGUGAUCAAUUUUUUUUAUUGAAUUUUUCCAUUUCAUUCAAAUAGAACAGCAAUUAACAAAGAUAUAAUGAAAAUAAACAUGACAAAACAAAACAGGCAGACAUAUAAACAUACGAGCAACAUGACAAGAAAAAAAACAACAACAAAAAAUUGAGAUUUUAAGAAAAGUAAGAAACCAAACAUAAUUUAAUAUAUACAGACAUCCAAAUAUAUAACUCCCUCACCCCCCACAGGUCACCCUCCUAUCCAAUUUAAACCACAGAGAUUGGGUUUACAUGUACUGCAUGUGCAAACUUGGACCAGAAAGUUUUUUACCAGACUAAAGAUUUGUAAAAAUAUCUCUUUUAUCUGCAGCCGUACAUUUAAACCAGUGUUGAUGGGAGCAGUUUACUAAAAAUACCUGCAGACUUCUCAUCAUUUUUAUGAAUAUCCUCGCUCAUUUCAGAACAAAUUAUGAUUUAUUUUAACUUAUUUGAUAAAACCAGGUCAGAAUCAGGCUCCGUAUGUACAGCGUCAGCCUCUCUGUCCUUUUUGAUUAUUGUCAGCGUGUCUCAGCGAGUGAGCCUCCAACAGUCAAUACCUGUAACCUUACAGCCUUGCCCUGAUAGAUAAUAAAUUUAAGCAAACAUAUUUUCCUACCAUGCAUCAAGCUGUGUAUUAUAUUUUACUGCCUCGGGCUCACUCACGCUGUUAUACAUGAGGUAACUAACCUCUGACCUCCCCUCUUACAAUCAGCCAUGUUUUAUGAGCGGGACAAUCCAUCAAUUCCUUGUUGACCCCUCUGUAAGCUCCGUGUAACCUCUUCCUGCGCUCGUGCAGCCCAUGUGACCUGAGUGACCUGGAGUUCCUGGACGAGGAGUUCCACCAGAGCCUGCAGUGGAUGAAGGACAACGACAUUGAAGACAUGCUGGACCUAACCUUCACUGUCAACGAGGAGGUGUUUGGACAGGUGUGUGCAGAAAUCUGAAUCAUCUCAACCAAGAAGCGAUUUUCUUGUUCAAGUAAAAUAAAGAACCAUCUUUUUUCCACCCCUACAUGAAAAUAAAAGCUCUGAGUCUCUGUGUCUUUGUCUGCAGAUCACAGAGAGAGAGCUGAAGCCUGGCGGGGCUGGUAUCCCCGUGUCAGAGAAGAACAAAAAGGAGUAUAUUGAGCGGAUGGUCAAGUGGCGUAUAGAGAGAGGAGUGGCCCAGCAGACGGAGAGCCUGGUCCGAGGCUUCUAUGAGGUAAACACUCGAUAUCAGCUUUAUUAAGGCUACAGGAACCUCCUAUAGGGACAGUCAGAGGGAUUUAAUGGCACAUAAUGGCCAUUAUACACUCUCCAACAGGACUCAUCGAUCAGAACCGGUGACGCAAUGUGCUUGCGUCACUGAAUGAGGUGCUGAGGAUCUGUUUUAUUUCUCAGGGACAUCCUUUCAAUUCACAUUCGGGGCAUUUUUUUCGAUGAUGGGGUGAAAAAUAGUUCAGUCAAUCUAGACGGAAGAGCGAGAGGCUGAGUUUCAUAAUAUAAUCCAAGUUCAUCAGACAUCUGUGUUUAGUUUUUGCUCCUGCUUGUUCGCAUAUCGAUCACUGAAGAAAUUCAGAGGUAAAAAUAAAGAGAUAUCAGUUAAGGAAAGUUAAGAAAUAGGCAUUUGAGAGAGCACUACCUUCAUAAAUGAACCGUAUCCAUGAAUGGACAAGCGAGUAGUUUUUGGGUUUAGUGAGGGGUGUUUAAAAGAGACGUUUUUGAUGGUUAAAAACAUGCAAACGAACCCUGAUAUCUGAAAAAAUCUACCUGGUAGUACCAGAAAGUAAGAGUGUUACAAAGAAUGUUGUCCAGAAAGAAGAGGAAAGAAAAGCACAGAGCUAAAAAUAAAAGGAGCUGAACACACAGCUGGGUUUGGAUUUAAAUCCAAGGACAUGUUCUGAAAAAGAGUUUCUGCAGCGGUCUGCAAACUCCUCAUCAUGACAGGUACAUGUUUGUGUAUUUCUGCUCCUAACUGUUUGUGCAGCAGGGUGGGACUGAGAAUGCACUCAGAUUUAUACGUGAGAGACAGCGGGUCUUGUUUCCUGAUAGCCCACAGUCUGGACCUGGGCUUUGUUUAAACCCAAACCCUCUUAAGUACUUUGUCUGGCAGGAGGACAUCUUUCCGAGGCUUUGUGUGUUAUAUUUGUGUAAAUGAAAUCAAAUCCAGCACUUGUUGUAAACAAACAGAGGUAAUUUUUUCCUGCUGUUAGGCGCCGUUAUGUCACCUUGUUUUUCCACACUGAAAAUCUACUUAAACCGUCUUGUCUCAAUGCUCUGAAAUUCCUCAAAAAUCGAACUACAGAGCGGAGUUUGAAGAACUGGCGGUAUCAUGAGUCAGAUUUUGUCUUCAUGUGUGUUCUCCAGGUGGUGGACGUGCGCCUGGUGUCUGUGUUUGAUGCCAGGGAGUUGGAGCUGGUGAUCGCAGGCACUGCAGAGAUCGACCUGGCAGACUGGAGGAACAACACAGAGUACAGAGGAGGUAUGUCAAAGCUGCAGGGGAAGCAAUGAGCCAGCAGAGCAGAGAUGUAGAUGAAAAGUGGUCAUGGCACGCUGGCAGCAAGGUGAGGCAAAACUCAGCAAAGUCAAAUGGAAACACUGGCUCCUUUUCAAGUGACAUUUCCAUUCACAACUCCAGACUGUUACUUCUGCAGUCAGGAGUCACUGCAGAAGCACUAAAGCCUGUCAGUCAUGGAGAUGCGAACUUUGUGUAACGUUAAUCUGAACCAGAUUUGAGUUUCUCUCUGUAUUUGGUAAGGAUGCACAGAUCAGUUGCUAACUGACCUUUUUAUUACAAAAAUUUUUUGAUUGUAACUUAUAAAAAUCACAAAAAACAUCAGAAUACUUCCUUGAAUUGUGUAAUGCUUUAACUUAACCAAAACUCAGUCACUAGCAUAAAUCCAGCAUCCACUUACUGUAGUAUUAUAGUAAAAUAAACAAGUUAUUUACAUGUUCACAUAAAAUGGAUCCAAAAACUCCUGCAGACAUCAAAUUCCUGCGCUCUCAGAGAUGGGCCGGCUGUCCAGAGUAAUAAAUUCCUUCUUAACGUUGAACAUAGUUCUGUUCAAACAAUCCGUUUGCAGAUAUUGCUCCUUGAUGUUUCGCUUUCUAGCUCAUACUAAUGCUAAGUUAUAUACAGUACAUGUUUGCAUCCUGCUUUAAAUCGGGCUCAGUUUACCAACACCUUACGUGAACACUCAGGCUGAGAUGGUGGGCUCAAAUUGCCAAUCCUAAAUCGACUCUGAUUCGACAAAUGAGAAGGAUUGCGAUGCUUCUAAAAGCUGGUGCAAAAUAGAGACUGUGAAAAUCUACAAACGUACACUAAAAAUGCAUUAAAGGUAGGUGAAGUCAGGAAUGUUAAAAUAAAUGACAGAUACUGUAAAAGUAUUUUUAAAAACUCUAAAAAGUAUGGGCAGUAUAUCAGAUUUCUGUGUUCCUAAAUGUUGAUGCAGAAAUUUAGAAAGUAAAUUUGAACUUUACCAAGAUCACUGGUUUGGGUUUUGCUACAUCAGGGUCUAAAAACAAACAUUAAGUUAAUAUAUGAUUCAUAUAUUUCCCUACUAACACAUUACAGAUGUAAAAUAAAACAAACAUACAGUGUAGAAAACAGCAACCACCCAGGAGACAUGAGAGGUAACUUCUGCAGGAGACAGUCUUCAGUGAGUGAAACAUGUUUAGAUUAGAGUCUAAAAACUUGUCUUUUCUGCAUUGGAUCGAUAUGAUUGAUGUCUCUUUCAUGUUAAUUCAUCUUAUAUUUACUUCAUCAUACAGUAAUCCCUGUCACUGUUGCAUUACUUAACAAUACACUGUGAUUUUUGAGUCUGAGAAUUCAUUUAAUAUUUAACAAGUGCAUCAGUCUGUGCUGUGAUGCACUUUAUAAUGAGCGCUCGAAUCUUCGGGGAGGUCUGCUUUUUAAUUAUUGUAAUAGAUAUUGUGUUUCAGUACAAGCAUGGAAGCGCCAGUGUCCAAACCAUUUAUAAGAGAUCACAUUAAAAGGCUUUUUAAAGGUCUGGCCAAUCCCAGUUGAGAAGCCGCCAGCAGCAAGUAAGACAAGAGAACUCAAUCUGACAAUCGGCCAUGACUCACCGCGAGGCUCUUUUAAUAGACGAAUCGACUGAGGCGGACCGAACAGCUCCGGCCAUUAAACAUUAAACAGCAGAGCCCAUUCAAAAAUCACAGAGGAGAUGUGAGGGAGGAAGGAGGUGGAGAGGAGAGCAGCGAGGGACAGAGGGGAUGGAGGCCUGAUUUGUUAUUCAUCUGACUCAUGCACCAUCAUCAUCUAUCUCUCUCUUCCCCCCCCACCACCACCACCACCACCACCCAGGUUACCAUGACAACCACAUAGUGAUUCGCUGGUUCUGGGCAGCUGUGGAGAGGUUCAACAAUGAGCAGAGGCUGAGACUGCUGCAGGUAUGGCACGUGGGUGACCGCAUGCACACAGGCUGCCCCCUCGUGGAGGCUCAGGGCGCUGCAGGCACUGCAGAGUCGAGCUGGAGACUGCAGAGAGAUGAUCAGCCAGCAUGUUCAGCUGCAUACAGUUAUUUAUCAGACACUAAGGAAAUCUAAAGAAUUUAAUCCUUGGCUUUAUUUUGACAUAUUUCAGGGUCUAAAUGAUCAGUGGCUUAGAAAAAGAGAGAUGUUUUGGAUUUGUUCCCUUUUUUUAAUCUGAUAGCUGCAAAGUAAUCCUGCAGAAAAUCUCACCUGAGCUGUGUUAACUCAGAGUGGUUAGUGCUGUUUGUUCACUGCAGCUGCUUUCUUAUUGGCCACAGGACGCCAUUGACAAAAUCAGUCAUGUUAGAGGUUUCAUCAGUGUCGUGUCAGAUUAUGACAGAAUAUUAUGAACAUUAGAGACUUCUCUGUUCUGGUGUUAAAAUUACUCUGGUUACUUUUGAAGAGAGGGAUAUAAACUUACUCCUCAGUAAGGUUGUUUAUCUGUGAGUGGAUCUUCUUCAGUUUUUAGCUCAUUGUCAGAUCUUUAAAAUAAUAACCUGAGCCUUGUGACGGCAAAAACAAGCGACUGGAUGUACUCGACUGUGCUCAUUUGCCUGCAGAGGUGAAGUGUUAGCCGUGGUAGCACCUGGCAGCUGCUGUUUUGAGUAAUCUUCUGCAAACAGCUUGAGGUCCAUUCAUAAAAAAGUGGUAUUUGAAUUGUAAUCAAAAGUAACUUUAUGCAGAUUUUUAUAUUGUAAGGAAAGGAAAUGCAGGUCUAGUUAUAUGGAAUGAUUUAUCAGUGAGGUUACCUAAAGUUCCUCACACAUAAAGGUAUCAUUAUUGUGGAAAACUGGUUUAAAUACACCAAUAUUGCUGCUUUCUUACUCUUAACAAUCACUCUUUGAUUUUCAGUUUGUGACGGGCACCUCAAGUAUUCCCUACGAAGGAUUUGCGUCUCUACGAGGAAGUAACGGACCUCGAAGAUUCUGCGUGGAGAAGUGGGGGAAAAUCACCUCUUUACCCAGGUAGGAUGUGUCCCAAUUUCAUGAAGUGAUACUUUAAAUUAGUUUUGUAACUUAAGAUUGAACUUUAAAUUGUCAUCUGCUGACUAAACGGUCACAAAAAUGAUGUAGAGAUUAAUUUAAACCUCACCCUCUCUGUGUCAAAGUCAGCAGGAUUUGAUGACAGAUCUUUUGUGUUUAGGAUCACAUCAUUAUGUCAUAUGUCUGAUAAUCUCUCUUAUCUCUCUCUGUGUGUUUUUGUGUGUCUCCACAGGGCUCACACCUGCUUUAAUCGCCUGGACCUCCCACCUUACCCGUCCUUCUCCAUGCUCUACGAGAAGCUGGUCACCGCUGUGGAGGAGACGAGCACGUUUGGUUUGGAGUAACGUCAAAAUCAGCUUUCACACAGGUUUACCUUUGGAGACAGAACAAUGCGGUUACCCACCGUUACAACUUCAGAGAGAGACCCAGAAAAUAAAACUAAUAUCCUCAAAAGGCAACUAACCCCUCCCGUGGAUAACUCCGCUGUGUUUUCAAGCUGGCUUUUCGUCACCCAGCAUGCGAGCUUCAAUCGAUUCUCUGCCUUUCUCUCACAUAUCAAACAGAAGUCGAUGACGUGAGCGCGGUUUGGAAGAAAGGCAGAAAAUCAGAGGACGGUUUGAAAAGCUCUGUUGUACAAUUUCUUGUUUUCAUGGUUACCUUUGUUCAUCGAGCCACAUGUGUGCUUUAUCUCUUCAGUUAAUGGCCUUGUUUACUGGAUUUCUAGCACCCCACUCCCCCUCCUCCUCUUCUUCCUCCUCCUCUUCCUCCUCCUCCUACUCUAGACUGCACCUCAGAGACAGCUGCUCAAAAUCCACUAAGCUCCUUUCUCCCUCUCUGGACCUCUAAACUGUGUCCUCUGCACCGGGGCUGUGUUAUCAUCAUGAACUGUAACACACACACCCAUCACCUUUGCACAAAACACACACAAACAUUUAAAUUAACCUUUUUUUAACAACGCAGACUUGUGUUUCCCCAAAUAUUUUUUUAUCAGAACGGAAAGAAAUGACAUUUUGGGUUUGUAUUUUAGACGUUAGCCGGAGGAGGGGACACACUAGUUUGCACAAAUCCGCACUCACACAGACGAGCAUAAACAAAAACAUGAAAAAAGAGUCAUUUUAGGAGUGAAAAUACGCGUCUUUCACAGUCUUGAGUCCUAAAAAAAAGUCAUGACAUAUAUGGGUAGUGUUCAUAACCCAUUGUGAUAAUGACAGCAGGUUCUGGUCAGGACUGUUACCGUAGAUACUGCGACAUCAGAGCUCUUAAGACACAUUAAAGCCAUGUUUCUGCAUUUACUCCACAGCUAGUUGAAUUAACACAAACCUGCAGACAGUCUCGAUGCUGUGAUUGCACUUUCUUACAGAGUAACUCUGACUAUAGAAUACAUUUACAUCCACCUACAGUUAAAUAGAAGCGCAGGGUUCUUGUCUCUCAACAGUUUCACACAUUCAUCAUGAGCAAUAGAGGCAUUUCUCACACUGACAGAUGACGUCCGCUCUUAACUCUGACACACAGCGUCCUUCUCGCCGGUUUAAUCGCCUCCCACUCCAUGAAAGUGAUGAAUGUACCAAAUAAGUGACUGAAUGUAUGAACCUCGAGUGACUGUGUUUUUGCCCUCCGAGGAAGAUUCGAAGAAGAGGAAACAAAAAUUUCGAAGAUUGGAGGGGGCAGGAAAUCAAACGUGACACGGUUGCUUAGGGAACGAGGAUGUGUUUCACCACGAUCAGGCCUUGGGGGAGAGCUGGAUGGACAUGAGCCUGGAGUCACCCAGGUUGCUAGUUAAAGGUGCAUUGCUGGGACCUUUUUAGUGCCUCUUUGGUUUUCCUGACCAUGAAAUUGAAAUUCAUACGGAAAGCUGUUUUAUUUCCUCGUACAAGUUCGACUCACAAAUGAAAGAUGGUGAAGGAGCUGCUGUUUAAUUCUCUCAAAUAUCAGCUGCAGGGGGCAGUAACGUGUGCUCUUAUUACUGUAGUGCAUCAUAAGCGAAGACCUGGUGAUGUUCUCCUCCGUGAACGACCUGUCCGGGUGUCAAAUGAGGUUUGAAGGAACGAGAACCAGCCUCUAGGGCUCAGUGGAUAUUGUACUUUGGAACUUUUGGCAUACAAGUCCAUGCCAGACAAUAGUUUUGUCCUGACAGCAUGUGAUAGAACAUUUCUCUAACUCUUAAGUGCACGACCUAAUCCCUGAGGACCCACACACACUUUCUUACAUGCACACAAACACACACACACACACUAAUACACAUACCUGUUUUCUAUGGGGUGCAUGCAAGAUUACACCUACUGUACAGAGUCCUGUUGGAGUUCGACCACAGGGGCUGGGAUAGCGACAGAGAGCCUCACAUCUGCUGUGACACGUGGAGGCGGACUGUCCUACCCCAGCCCCCCCUCUCCCAGUCCAAUACUGCAUGCGGGAUCUCCUCUGUCGGCUCCGUGAGCUGUGCUGGGGCAGAAACCCCUAGAUGGCGUUGUGUACUAGCUCGAUAUUGCAUGCUGAAAUAGUGCAACACACUGUCCUUACUAGCUUUUUUUGCAUGAGGAUUUCGCUAUCCAUUCAGAAAAAGGGGUGAGGGAGCUGGUCAAGUUGUGUCACGUUGGUUGUGGCGCUCUACUUGAGGCAUGCGUCCUUAUGCUCACCCGCCACUGUCAUACGCUCAUGGAUGUAGGAUGUAGGAAUCAGGUGCUUUAGUGUGAAUGCUGCGGUUUGUUUUCUCUAUGACAGUGUAACGGCGAGUAUCUCGGCAGCAUGUUUCAAGGAUGUUGUUACUUUCACAUGUGCGUGUCUGCCUAUCUUAGUAAUAGGUCGAUGGUUAUGGGUCAUUGCUGGUGGAUCAGCAAUGAGUCAAUAGGGCUGUUUUGAUUUUGUGAAACGUGAGAGCACAUGUAAGUGUACCAUGUGUGCGGUCCUGUUUGUCUCUUUGUAUAUAAAUGUAUAUGUAUGUCUGUCCUCUUCUCGUGUGUGUAUAAAUAUAUAUUUUGCACCGAAUGUACCAAAGGUUUGGGGCUUGCAAAGUCAACCAUUAGGCCUGCUCUCUUUCAGUCUAACACUCACAUCCCACUUGUGGCUUCUGCCAAACCCUUACAGAGAUCACCUCAUGUUCGCUUGAAGAGCAGAUUCGUGGCAUGGGCAGCAACGCUUCACUUUAAGAUGUAACUCAUUCACUCGGUCGGUUUGACGUUUUCUGCUGCAGAAGACCGCAAAGAUUGACAAUUUGCUUCACUUUCAAAUGAAGACAGCUGAACAUCUCGUCUUUCGUAGUUCAUUUCUGACAGGACCCGGCUCCAGUUUUCAGAUUUCCACUCUAUGCAAAGCUCCUGUAUGUGUGUCUCCAUCUCACCCCAAUGAUUGUAAUAAAAGAGAAAAUAUGGCAAAUUUUGAUUAAUGACA